AUGCCUGUUCACCCCACAGAAGAGACUGCUCCCAGUGGUUUGACCGACAAGGUCGCCGCCGAGUCAAAAGACAGCACUGCCUCGGACCAUCCGCUGCACGACGAGAACAAGGGUCCCACUAGCAAGGCUCAUGCUUCGGACCACAAGAGCAAAGGCCCAGCUAUCCCAGAGAGCAUCCCAGACGCCGAGGGUACCAAGGAUGAACUGAAGGCAAAGGCAAAGGAGCUGAACAAGUGA